CCCCGGGCUCUGGGGGCGCGCCCUCGGGGUCGCAGGGGGUGCUGAUCGGGGACAGGCUGUACUCCGGGGUGCUCAUCACCUUGGAGAACUGCCUCCUGCCUGACGACAAGCUCCGUUUCACGCCGUCCAUGUCGAGUGGCCUCGACACCGACACAGAGACCGACCUCCGCGUGGUGGGCUGCGAGCUCAUCCAGGCGGCCGGCAUCCUGCUCCGCCUGCCGCAGGUGGCCAUGGCUACCGGGCAGGUGUUGUUCCAGCGGUUCUUUUAUACCAAGUCCUUCGUGAAGCACUCCAUGGAGCAUGUGUCAAUGGCCUGUGUCCACCUGGCUUCCAAGAUAGAAGAGGCUCCGAGACGCAUACGGGACGUCAUCAAUGUGUUUCACCGCCUUCGACAGCUGAGAGAGAAAAAGAAGCCCGUGCCUCUACUAUUGGAUCAAGAUUAUGUUAAUUUAAAGAACCAAAUAAUAAAGGCGGAAAGACGAGUUCUCAAAGAGUUGGGUUUCUGCGUCCAUGUGAAGCAUCCUCAUAAGAUAAUCGUUAUGUACCUUCAGGUGUUAGAGUGUGAGCGUAACCAACACCUGGUCCAGACCUCAUGGGUAGCCUCUGAGGACUCCUUGUUGAAAUGGGACAGUUGGCAGCGGCUCUGGUGAGCCCGAGAAGAGGCCUGCCCUUGGGUGCGGAGCCUCCCUCCGCACGACGCUCCCACGCGUCCAACUUGCACCCAAGGGGCUUUUCCCUCUUCCAAGUGGACUCCUUCAAGGAAGCUGCAGCUCGGUCAGCAGAGAAGGGGCCUGGCGCCAGCGCCCUGGAGGAAGAGGAAGAGGAACGCAAGAGGAUGGCUUGUCUCCCAGCAGCUGCACCGGCUUUGUGCUCAGCCAGUUCAUUUGAGUUUGCAUGUUUCUCUGCACUAUGGAUUUUGAGCAUUUAGAUUUCUUUAAUCAAAAGCGUUUUAGUGACUCCAGUAGACAUUUUCUUUCUGAGGCAUCGUGCUUUGCAUGAGAGCAGGCCAAUGUUGAGGGGAAAAGUAAAGUUAAAGUUGGUUCUCUUUCAUAGCAACACGUAUUGUCUGACAUUCAGCCAGCUUUUUUUUUUCUAAUAAUUUCUGUGCCUUCCUGUCCUGUAUUUAGAAAAAGCAGCUAGAAUAUUUCUCCAUUAACUCUUGAGAUUCACAGGACUGUCUAGCUCUGAGUCCUAGCAAUAGACUCCUUAGAGGAGUAGUAAAUUUAUCUAGACUUUCUCUAGAUAAUGCAGGCGGAAGACCUGGGUUCCCGGGGUGGGGCGCUGCAGCUCUUCCUGUGUUUGGCUUCCAGGAAUUACAUGAACGACAGCCUUCGUACCGACGUCUUCGUGCGGUUCCAGCCUGAGAGCAUCGCCUGUGCCUGCAUUUAUCUUGCUGCCCGGACACUGGAGAUCCCUUUGCCCAAUCGUCCCCAUUGGUUUCUUUUGUUUGGAGCAACUGAAGAAGAAAUUCAGGAAAUCUGCUUGAAGAUCUUGCAGCUUUAUGCUCGGAAAAAGGUUGAUCUCACACACCUGGAGGGUGAAGUGGAAAAGCGAAAACACGCUAUCGAAGAGGCAAAGGCCCAAGCCCGGGGCCUGCUGCCUGGGGGUGCACAGGUGCUGGAUGGUACCUCGGGGUUCUCACCUGCCCCCAAGCUGGUGGAAUCCCCCAAAGAAGGUAAGGGGAGCAAGCCUUCCCCACUCUCUGUGAAGAACACCAAGAGGAGGGUGGAGGGCACCAAGAAAGCCAAGGCAGACAGCCCCGUGAACGGCUUGCCGAAGGGGCGAGAGAGUCGAAGUCGGAGCCGGAGCCGUGAGCAGAGCUACUCAAGGUCCCCAUCCCGAUCGGCGUCUCCUAAGAGGAGGAAAAGUGACAGCGGCUCCACGUCUGGCGGGUCCAAGUCGCAGAGCCGCUCCCGGAGCCGGAGUGACUCCCCACCGAGACAGGCCCCCCGCAGUGCUCCCUACAAAGGCUCUGAGAUUCGGGGCUCCCGGAAAUCCAAGGACUGCAAGUACCCCCAGAAGCCACACAAGUCUCGGAGCCGGAGUUCAUCCCGUUCCCGAAGCAGGUCACGGGAGCGGGUGGAUAAUCCAGGAAAAUACAAGAAGAAAAGUCAUUACUACAGAGAUCAGCGACGGGAGCGCUCGAGGUCAUACGAACGCACAGGCCGUCGCUAUGAGCGGGACCACCCUGGGCACAGCAGGCAUCGGAGGUGAGGUGGGGUUGCAGUGACUGGAGGCCGCAGGCCCUUCCCUGGGGGGUUCCUGAUGGCUGCCCUUUGACCCCCGGUGGCUGCCCUUUGACCCCCGGGUGUGCUCCCUCAGCGCAGGUGACCCUAGAGCAGGAUUCUUUUUGGAAAUGUAUGUUGAGUGGACCUUGGUGGAUUUGGAAAUGGAACUGAGGGACCGGUGACAUGUGCUUCAGACCGGUCUGGGGUGCGGCACACACCUGGGCCCGUGUAGGGCCCGGCUCGGCGGCAGCUCUGAGGCCAACUCGAUGAAAAAGUGAACGCACACGCCCCUGUUGGCGUGGCCUGGCGUGGCCUGGUGCUAUCGGCAGCCGCUCUCCACUCCCUGACUGAUAAUUACGUGAAGCCAAGAAAGAUGAUUUUUAGAAUCUUUGCCUAUAUUAGGUUGUACUUAUGUACAUAUUUUGCAGUGUUUCACAAGAGAAAAUGGCCUUAAUUGCCCCUUAUUCUCUCUACACGUUGUAAAUAAACAUGUGUUUAAUACAAGUUAAAGCUAUAUAUGAAAACUCAGAACUUGAAUCCUGUCAGCUUAAACCUUGUGUAGGGAAUCCUGACUUUUAAACUGUGAGGGUAUUUGGAUCUGUGUUGAAAGUCGUAUAUUUUUAUCUGUGCAGUGCUGAGUGCAGGCCACCAGCUCCUAAAUAGAGGUUCCCUAUAUGCGCGUAUGACAUGGUGAAUAAACACAGCUCUCUCCACUCAGGA